CUCUCUUUCAAACAUGGCGGCCUUCAAGGUUUUGUGCAGAGCGGAGAAUUUAUUCUUCAAAACGCACUCUGGUCCCUCCAGAAACAAACUGAAUUUUAUCAGCCACCGAUUGAGCAAGACCUGCGGAUGCUUCUUUUCAGUCUCCAGCCACAGAUGUUCACAGUUCUACUCAGAUCCUACAGAGGCAGUAAAAGAUAUCCCUAAUGGAGCUACCGUUUUGGUGGGAGGUUUUGGAUUAUGUGGUAUCCCAGAGAAUCUUAUCAAUAGUUUACUGAAGACCGGUGUAAGGGGGAUCACUGCAGUGAGCAAUAAUGCAGGAGUGGAUAACUUCGGCUUGGGCCUGCUGCUCCAGACUAAGCAGAUCAAGAGGAUGAUUUCCUCGUAUGUCGGAGAGAAUGCAGAGUUUGAGCGUCAGUAUCUGGCUGGGGAGUUGGAAGUGGAACUGACACCACAGGGCACUCUUGCAGAGAGGAUCAGGGCUGGGGGUGCUGGGAUUCCAGCUUUCUUCACAGCCACAGGCUAUGGCACACUGAUCCAAGAGGGAGGCUCUCCUAUCAAAUACAGCAAAGAUGGCAGUAUUGCCAUCGCCAGUGAGAAGAGAGAGGUGCGGGAAUUCAGUGGCAGGCACUACAUCAUGGAAAAGGCAAUCACUGGAGACUUUGCUCUGAUCAAGGCAUGGAAGGCCGAUAAAGCCGGAAACAUUGUUUUCAGGAAAACAGCCAGAAACUUCAAUCAACCCAUGUGCAAGGCAGCCAAAACCACCAUAGUUGAGGUGGAGGAGGUGGUGGAUGUUGGGACGUUUGCUGAAGAGGACAUCCACAUACCCAGCAUCUACGUCCACAGGGUUGUCCAAGGACCCAGCUAUGAGAAACGAAUUGAGAAACGCACAAUAAAGAAAAGCCAAGAAGAGAAGCCUAAACCAAAGAAGGACUCAGAUAUUGUUCGGGAAAGGAUUAUUCGCCGGGCUGCUCUGGAGUUUGAGGAUGGAAUGUAUGCUAACUUAGGCAUUGGUAUCCCCAUGCUGGCCAGCAACUUCAUAAAGCCAGAUAUCACUGUGCACCUCCAAAGUGAAAAUGGAAUUUUAGGGUUGGGCCCAUACCCCACUGAGGGCGACGUGGAUGCAGACCUGAUUAACGCUGGGAAGGAGACUGUAACAGUGCUCCCUGGAGCUGCCUAUUUCUCCAGUGAUGAGUCAUUUGCCAUGAUCCGAGGAGGUCACAUCAACCUGACAAUGUUGGGAGCCAUGCAGGUGUCGAAAUAUGGAGAUCUAGCCAACUGGAUGAUUCCAGGUAAGAUGGUAAAAGGAAUGGGAGGAGCCAUGGAUUUGGUGGCUAGCGCUGGCACCAAGGUGGUGGUCACCAUGGAGCACUCAGCUAAGGGAGGAAAACACAAGAUAAUGGAUAAAUGCAGCCUGCCUUUGACAGGAAAACAGUGUGUGGAUCGGAUCAUCACAGAAAAGGCUGUGUUUGAUGCAGAUAAGACAAAAGGUCUGACUCUGAUAGAAGUAUGGGAGGGGCUCACUCCGGAAGAUAUCAAGGCAUGCACUGGCACCGAUUUUGAGGUGUGUCCCAAUCUGAGGACCAUGCAGCAAAUCUAGAAGAGCUCACACUGCAUCUGAGUUGUCUUUCUGGUUUGUGUCACUUCAUUUCUGUUGUGAUAAGUAGCUGGUAAUUUAACCACCUGAGAUCGGUCAGAUAAGUUUAUGAAAUAGAGAUGUUCAGUUUAGUUCCCUGGUAAUCAGCAUACAAAUAACAGAAAGGUUUAGUCCCCAUUAUUAUGAACUGAGUAGGGUUCACAGGGGAAAAAAUGCUUGCUUUGUUUUUAUGAUCUAGGCUGAUUAGGGAACUUUACAGUGUUGCCAGCUAGAUACUGUUAAACUGUUCAUUUUUACUAAUGUUUGUGGAGCUUUUACAGAGCCAUCCGAUCUUAAACUACAAACUGGGGUUAUUUCUUAUAAGUACCCUAAAAAAAAUGCAGCUAACAGCGCUAUGAAAAAAUGAUGCAGUAAUUAAUGAAUACCUGGUUAAUAUGAUUCAAGAGACUAAGAUCAGUAAACUACUGUAACAGGAUACAGAAAGCUUAAAUGUAAUGAAUUCAGGAAAUUAAUGCUGUAGGUCAGGUGAUUCCUAAUUUAGUACAUAAAGGAGUGUGUACAGUAUUUAGUUGUUUAAACAUUGUGUCCCAGUUAAAUGAAACGUCCUUGGAUUAUGCAUAAGUGAAUGUGGACAUGCAGGUGACCGUUUUUCUCCAUUUGGAAAAUGAAGGAUGAAGGAUAGCAGUAAGGGUCAUGUUUGUGAUAAUCACCUCUGCUGCACUGUCAAGCUGUUUGCUGAACUAUGUCAACCGCCACUUUGAGCAUGCCAGACAUUUCAACCUUAACAGCUUUUACUUGUACAUUUCCACUUCACCAACCUCUGUAUUAAAAUAAAAUACAACCUUGUGUGCUGAGUAGAA